AUGAAUGAAUUCUUUCGUCGCUUUCUUGAGCUUUGGAGGCACAUUACCGGACAAAUACGUUCUCGCGGUCUACUUGGAAUCAUCUCAAAUCUGGAGUAUGUAGCAGCUCGAUGGAAAAACGAAAGCUUGAGUCUUUGCCAUCGAACGACAUUGGAAAAGCGAGAGCGCUACAGCUACACUCGUCUUGAAACUCCGCAAAGCAUCCGUGUCGUCGAACUCCUUCCGGCUCGUCUGCUCGACAGCACCUUACGUUUCAACGUUCACCACACCAGCGUGCACGACCAGCGAUUCGCCUACACUGCGGUAUCGUAUGCAUGGGGAAAGCGUAAGCCGGGCCAGGACUUGCUUGUCGAGUGCGAUGGCCGGCGCGCUUAUAUACCUCCAACCCUGCACUCUGCCCUCGUCAGGAUAAGGGAGCAGAAAAUUACCAGCCAAUUCAUCUGGGCAGAUGCUCUGUGCAUUGAUCAGGCUGAUGAUGAUGAUGCUGCAGCCAAAGACGAGAAGUCAGCCCAAGUGAGUAUGAUGGACCAGAUAUUCGCCCAUGCUCGGGAAGUGAUCGUCGACCUCGGCGAGCUUCGCCACGAGGACCGCACAGUCCUUUCCAUACUUGACCAUUACGGCUCCAUCUCCGAGAAAGUAUGGACAAGCGUCAAUGUCGCAGCUGGUACGGCAUCCGUGGAAGAUAGCAUCCGCAUUCUAGAUGCUCUACAAUUCCCUGCCGCACAAUCUGCAUUCUGGAAAUCAUUCCAACGGUUCAUAUGCCGCCCUUGGUUCACCAGAGUCUGGAUUAUUCAGGAGUUUGCGCUGGCCUGCUCUCCGCAAUUCAUGAUAGGACGUCAAUUUCGCGACGCUGAGUUUCUGCCCAAUGCCGUAGCUCGCGCAGCACAGCAUUUGGGAAUCCUGUACAUCCAGGACAGUUUCUAUGGCUCAAGACCCAAUCGCAAUACUGCCAUUGCCGAUGCAUACUUCUAUGUCUUGGAGAAGCACCAAGCAGUAUUCCGGAUCCACAGCGCCAGAACCCGUCUGGGUUACCAAAGGUCUCUUUGCGAGUUACUCGAUGGCACAACACUGUAUUUCGAAGCCACCGAUCCUCGCGAUCGCGUGUAUGCACUCCUGGGCCUGUCUGACGACGAGAACAUCAAGCAGGACCUGUAUGUCGAUUACAAAGAGGCCGAGAAUGACUUUGCGAUUCGUGUGAGCUUGUACCUCAGUCGGCGACAGUUUGGUAUAUAUCCGUUGUACCACUGCGUCGGCGACGUGGAGGGAUACGUUUCGUGGGCAAUGAACCUCACCAAUACCCGAGAAGGACUUGCCAAUUUGAUCGGGCCUUCGGGCUACACGAAACGAGACAUGUACAGUGCUUGCGGUCCGGCACGAUUUGUCCGCAAGAUGUCCGAGCUCCGAGUGCAUGGACUCACAGUGCGUGGCUGGAUCCUCGACACCAUCACGCUGUGCAUGGAAAGGAGUAUGCCUCAUGAUGCGCAGCUGAAAACUCCGCGAGAUCUGGAGAAGCAUGCUGUGUGGCAGGGCCUUGCUCUGGACUGGAUGCUUUCGGUCUCACCCACGCAACCUCAGCCGGAGGAUGAGUUCGUCAAGACGUGCUGGCGGACAGUCAUUGCGGAUCUGGUUGAGCCCAGCGGCGGUGAAGGCCAUGGUUAUCGUCGUCUACGUGACUGGUCAAGCUCAGAUCGCUGCAUCAACACCGUGGACAGGAUCAUGCGUGUCGCGUACAAGAAAUGGAAAGGCGACUUGCCCGAGUCAUAUACACUGGACUUGACCGGCACCGAGCUCAACGACCUGCGCAUCUACGCCGAAAGCUUCUCAAAUACGCUUGGACGCAAAUUGGCUCUGAGCAAGGAGAUGAGGACGCCUUGCGUGGUGCCCUACGACGCCUGCGAGGGGGAUAACAUCGUCAUCAUCCAGGGAUGUCAGAUCCCUUUCGUCCUGCGCCGAAGGAAUGACGGUGAUGGGAAGGGCGAGUACUUCCGCAUCGUGGGCUGUGCGUACGUGCAUGGUAUCAUGGAUGGUGAGACUGUGGGCGAUGGGUCGGAUGUGAGAGAUAUCGAGAUUUGGUAG